CAAAAUCCAGCAAGCAAGUGCGAUGUUUCUAUAGAAAAUAAAGUCGUAAACAAAAUUAUUUGUCAAUUUUUUCCUUAUGUGAAACUCAAAAUUACUGUACCAAUUUUUUAAUACAGUUUUUGGGGCCCAAAAAUUCUAGUGCAAAUUCAAAAUUAUGAGGGAGUGCAUAUCUAUACACGUGGGACAGGCCGGAGUCCAAAUCGGGAACGCGACAUGGGAAUUGUACUGUUUGGAGCACGGAAUCCAACCGGACGGCAGGAUAUCGAACGACACCGAACUAGUAUCUGAUCAUUGUUACGGCACAUUUUUCUCGGAGGUAGAAAAUGGAAAAAUGGUACCCAGAGCUUUGAUGGUGGACCUAGAACCCACCGUUGUUGAUGAAAUUCGUGGUGGAACCUACAGAAAAUUGUUCCAUCCGGAGCAGAUGAUCACUGGCAAAGAAGAUGCGGCCAACAAUUACGCAAGAGGCCACUACACCGUAGGAAAAGAAUGUAUUAGCGCAGUUAUGGAACGUUUAUACAAGUUGGCAGAGAACUGCUCAGGUCUGCAAGGCUUCUUGGUGUUCCACUCUUUCGGUGGUGGCACCGGCUCCGGCUUUACGUCCCUGCUGAUGCAGAAGCUGUCACAGGACUUCGGCAAGAAGAGCAAGCUGGAAUUCGUCGUCUAUCCUGCACCACAGGUGUGCACGGCGGUGGUGGAGCCGUACAACGCCAUCCUGACGACGCACACAACUCUGAACCAUUCGGACUGCGCCUUCAUGGUGGACAACGAGGCGAUCUACGACAUUUGCAGGAGGAAGUUGGGCAUUGAACGCCCCAACUACAUAAACCUGAACAGGCUGAUCAGUCAAGUGGUGUCGUCGAUAACCGCCUCACUGCGCUUCGACGGGGCUCUAAACGUCGACCUGACCGAGUUCCAGACCAACCUGGUGCCCUACCCCCGCAUACACUUCCCCCUCGCCUCCUACGCUCCAGUCGUGUCGUCCGAGAAGGCCUACCACGAGGGCAUGUCGGUUGCCGAGAUCACCUCCGACUUAUUCGACCCAUCCAACCAGAUGGUCAAGUGUGACCCACGGGAGGGCAAAUACAUGGCAUGUUGCCUGCUGUAUCGCGGCGACGUUGUACCCAAGGACGUGAACGCCUCCAUCGCCCACAUGAAGUCCAGGAGCAACGUGAGGUUCGUCGACUGGUGCCCCACUGGGUUCAAGGUGGGCAUCAACUACCAACCGCCCUCAGUAGUACCGGGUGGCGACCUGGCGAUGGUCCAGCGGGCCGUCUGCAUGCUGUCCAACACCACCGCCAUACAGCUGGCGUGGAAGAAGCUGAACAAGAAGUUCGACUUGAUGUACACGAAGCGGGCGUUCGUGCACUGGUACAUCGGCGAAGGGAUGGAGGAAGGCGAGUUCACCGAGGCGAGGGACGACUUGGCCACCCUCGAGAAGGACUACACCGAAGUCGCCACCGACGCCGAAGAUUUAAUCGAGGAACAGGAUUCUUCGCCCAUUUAAUUGAUGUAUUACUUGUACAAUUAACAACAAUGAAUCAUAGCACUCCGAGUUGUAAAUUUUUUUUUUAAUUAUGACAUUGUCUAAAGGGUAUGUUAAAUAAAACAAAAUUUUAAUGUCAA